GUUCACAUGUUGAAGAAAAUCUCAGGCUCCUACACCACCACCAUCACCGAGCCCCCCAGGCUCCUGCAGAAGAAGACACCCCUCUACGUGGAGGAGGAAGAUAGCAUCCGGCCCGACCUUAAGGACGACAUCUACGACCCCACCUACAAGGACAAGGAGGGGCCCAAGGCCAAGGUCGAGUAUGUCUGGAGAAACAUCAUCCUCAUGGCUCUGCUGCACCUGGGAGCCCUGUGUGGCCUCACCAUGGUUUCCAGCUGCAAGGUCUACACGUGGCUCUGGGGGUUCUUCUACUAUUUCAUUAGCGCCCUGGGCAUCACCGCGGGCGCCCACCGCCUGUGGAGCCACCGGACCUACAAGGCUCGGCUACCUCUGCGGGUCUUCCUCAUCAUUGCCAACACCAUGGCGUUCCAGAACGAUGUCUUCGAGUGGGCCCGAGACCACCGUGCCCACCACAAGUUUUCAGAGACGAACGCGGACCCCCACAAUUCCCGGCGCGGCUUUUUCUUCUCCCACGUGGGGUGGCUGCUGGUGCGCAAACACCCGGCCGUGAAGGAGAAGGGCGGCACGCUGGACCUGUCCGACCUGAGGGCCGAGAAGCUGGUGAUGUUCCAGAGGAGGUACUACAAACCCGCCGUGCUGUUCAUGUGCUUUAUCAUGCCCACGCUUGUGCCCUGGCUCUGCUGGGGCGAGACGUUCGUGCACAGCCUGUUCGUGAGCACGUUCCUGCGCUACGCCGUCGUGCUGAACGCCACCUGGCUGGUGAACAGCGCCGCCCACCUCUACGGGUACCGCCCUUACGACAAGAACAUCAGCCCCCGGGAGAACAUCCUGGUCUCCCUGGGAGCCGUGGGCGAGGGCUUCCACAACUACCACCACUCCUUCCCCUAUGACUACUCGGCCAGCGAGUACCGAUGGCACAUCAACUUCACUACCUUCUUCAUCGACUGCAUGGCCGCCCUGGGCCUGGCCUACGACCGCAAGAAGGUGUCCCGGGCCGCUGUCCUGGCCCGGAUCAAGAGGACUGGAGACGGAAGCUACAAGAGUGGCUGAGCCCGGGUCCCUCAGGUUCCUCUUCCUAAAGCCAUCGGGGCAGAGGUGUAAUGUUCUGUUUAUUAACUACUGAAUAACGCUCCCAGAACGCUAAAGAUGACGACGUUAACCCCUUCCAGCACAGUAUUCUCAGAUGCAGAAGUAUUGAAAGCCAACAACUCUGCCUUUACGAUGCUAAGCUGCUCUCUUCUUCCUCCUCUCUGUCUUCCGGCCCCGCGGUCCCUCCUUCUGCUUGGCUC